CGGUGUGCCAUUUCUGCUAGUUGACAGUUCGCCUGCAAUUAGGAACGUGUUAAAUCCAGUGUUGCAAAUAUUGUUUAUGAUAGCGCUAAGUUAGAUAGCCGCUGUUGCCGUAAAGCAAUGAACAGAACCUGUUAUUUUUGCAUCUGCACGACGUAUGCCGUCCUUAGCAGACACUGCACUUUUCAUAUUGUGAAUGAUACUUUACCACUAGAUGAAUUGAAGAUCCCUGUAUUUAAGGAUGGGACCAGAAAAAUGGUUCCAGCAUUGCACAAGGGUUGGGCAGAAGAGAGAAAAUUCAUCUACUUUAAAACUCCACCACUUGCCAACUCAGAUGGCAAGUAUCUUCUUGGAGAAAGGGAAUCCUGGCUGGAUGUUGUAAAGCUCUACAAUAAUGAUAUGGAAUGGCUUCUCAACUUAAAGCAACACAGAUUUUGGUCACAGAUCAUAUAUUAUGAUUCCACAAUGCCAGCAAUAGUAUCAUUCUUACAAGAAGCAGUUCCAUUUUAUGCACUGAAAAAGUACUUUCAGGAUGAUGACAUGUGGAAAAUGUAUAAGAAAACAUAUGGCCUUAUAUAUGCCAUUGUUAAUCGUUUAAUUACGAAUAGAGAAUCUGAGGAUGAAUACAUGUCUGAGAAACAUCUGGGUAAUCUCAUUUAUGAUAAUUACAUUUUCACUGUCUCCAUGAUGCUCGACCUUUGUUUAGUGUAUGGUGAAAGUAACAGAUCUGGUCUGCAGAGUGUAAUAUCGAGAGUACUGAAAAUACAGCCUCGUUAUCUGGACGAUUUGAAGGAUACAGUUUCUGUUUGCUCAAAGGUGUUGAAAUCUGUUGAAGCGAGUUUCGGUAUACACCAUGACACAGAAAAUGAACCUAUUAAACUGAGUGAAAAGAACAAACUCCAGCAACGAACAAUGUCAUUGAGUGUUUUUGAAGAUAUUGUCAUUCAUAUAUUGGAUACAGCCAUAAAUUUAAGAAUAUUUCUGGACAUCUGUAGUCCUGCAUGUGUGGCAUUCCAUGAGCUUCAAUUUGAAACACAGCUUGUAAAAUUCUAUGAGUAUGCCAUACCUGAAGUGUAUGAAAACUUGGAGAUUUUGGUAAAUAAAGAGGGCUGCAGUUCCAAGUAUAUUGAGCUAAAGACAAAUUUGGAUAUAAUUCGUACUGAAUUGCUGAAAUCGUAUAGGUAUAUUGUUUCUUCUACAAUCAAUACAGUCAUGGAAGAAAGAGAAUUACAUUCGGAAGAGGUUACAAAGAAAAAAUUGGAAGAAUAUAUUUCUGUAUUAACUGAUACUGCUUCAGAGAAGAUUUUCAUGAGAGAUUAUCAUUCUACUUUCAAAGUAGAUACAGACAUAGACAUUUUGAUGCAGAUAUGUCCUGAUAUUGAUACAAUUAAAUUUGAUUUCUUGAUGGAAUCUGUUCUGUCAUGUUUUGAUACCCCGAGUUCACAGAAAAAUAGCUUUUUUUCAUCGGAGUUUUCAAAAACUACAGACACGAAGGACAUCCAGCCAACUGCAAGUGGCCAUGUGGAAGCCCCGAGUGAGAAUAAGAAAAAAAAAGUAACAGGAGUUGAAUUAGAUUCUCUCAUCACUGAAGUGCAAGACAUCCUUCCUCACCUACAAGAUGGAUUUAUAGAGAAAUGCCUAGAAUACUAUGACUAUGCCAGUGAGAGAGUAGUUAAUGCAGUUCUGGAAAACCAACUUCCAGAAGAAUUACAGAACAUAGAUACGUCAAUGCCUCGUAUACCUCCAGAAAAGGAUGAGGAAUCGUAUGUUUCUAGGAGACACAACAUUUAUGAUAACGAUGAAUUUGAUAUAAUGACUCAGGAUGUCAUGGACACUACAAGGAUAAUCAGAGGGAAAAGGAAGCCAAAGUACAAAGACGUGAAAGAGUUGCUUGAUGAUAAAACACUGAUAAAGCAGUACCAGAGCACAUACGCAAAACUGGGACUUGUGGAAGAAGAUGAGAGUCAGUUUAAUUAUUAUGACGACGAAUAUGAUGACACCUGCGAUGAUCGUGAAAUCUCGGUACCUGAAGUUGGGGAUGAUGAAAGGUUUGAACCCAAAAUAUGUCAAGAGCGGUUACUCAAAAGAACACUUGUGCAAAACAUGAAAUCACCAAGACGUCCUCUGGUCAUUCCCCGUGUUCUGCGGACGAAUGAAGAUGUGAAAUCAAGUGAAGAAGAAUCCGGAAGUGAAGGUGAUACAGCAGCAGUUCCCUCUGAUCAGUUCGUUCCAAAUCCUGAAGAACUUCGAGCACAAGCUGAACACAGACGCCAAAUGAAAUUACAAAACAGGGGUCGUCGUCAUUACAGUGGAGCAAUGCCUCAGUCCAGAGAUGUAGUUGGACGGCCAAAAGGACAAGGGCAAGACAAAACUGUAGUUGUAAAUCGACAGAACAAGAAUGCACAUAAGUCGUCAUAUGCAAAUCACAAUCGCCGAGCAGGGGCCCAGAGAAAGCGUCAACAAGGAAUGUUUCCUGCAUAACAUCUGCUUCAUACUUUAUAUGGAAAAAGUUCCUAUCAAUAAAUCGUAAUGACCAAUUUUUUGCACCCUUGUUUUUUGUUAUCAUCUUUCUGUGGAAGUUUGUAAACUAAAGAAAUAAAAUAUAUAUAUAUUCUGGCUUUUGCAAGUGUAAAGGCAAAAAUAAAUUUAUAAUUAACUGAA